GCCAACUACAAACCGUACCCGUAUCCCGGAUGGAGCUCCUCCGUCCGUGGCAAAGAAAUCGUGGUCUUCCUCCAUUCCUUCGCCGAGGCGCUCUGCCUUCCUGCAGGGAGACCUACCAUGUCUUUUCCUGCCAGUGCCGUCGUGACCUCCGCCGCCAGAGAGUUCAUGAAGGUUUACGUCUUGGCGCCAUUGCAGGCUUCCACCGACAGGAAGCGCAGGCUGCCUACCGAGGUGGAUGAUGCAUUGAGGUCUUUGCAGGAUCUUCGGGCGCAUUAUGUUGACUGGACGGAGCUCCUCUGGUACCAAGUGGAGGAGGAGAUUCAACAACUGAUUUGGAAGAAUAGGACCAGCAGGGCAUGCUACUACGGUGCGUACCUGCAGAGGCUCAUCUGGGUGGUGAGGCCAGAUCUCUUCCAGCUGCCACCGGCGCCGUCGGUGAUAGAAGCGCCACCUCCGCCAGCGGCAUUGCGCCCCCACAAGGAACGACAAAGCAUUCGAUCAGCAGUCAAUAAGAGUCAAAAGCCUUGCUCCUCUGAAGCGAGGUCUGAGAAGAUUGAAGCAAGGUCCGAGAAGAUUGAUGGAACAUCCAAGGCUGUGGUAGAUGCGGCGUUGGACAAGAUCGAUGCAGCAUCCAAGGUGGUGAUAGACGCGGCGUUGGAGAAGAUCGAUGCAGCAUCCAAGGUGAUGAUAGAUGCGGCGUUAGAGAAGAUCGAUGCAGCAUCCAAGGUGGUGAUAGGUGCGGCAUCCAAGAUGUUGAUAGAUUCGGCGUUGGAGAAGAUCAAUGCAUCAUCCAAGGUGAUGAUAGAUUCGGCGUUGGAGAAGAUCAAUGCAUCAUCCAAGGUGAUGAUAGAUUCAGCAUUGGAGAAGAUCAAUGCAUCAUCCAAGGUGAUUGAAGCCACAUCCAAGCAACUUGAUGACGCUAGAGCACGCGAGCAAGAUGGUGACAUACAGGAGAUGCAGUCACUCGUCCAGACGUUGGUUACCAAGGAACGGCAAAGCAAUGGAGAGCUGCAACGUGCUCGGAAAAUGCUGAUAGAUGAACUGCCGAGGUUCACAAAUGUGGAGGCACAUAUAGGCGUCAAAAGGAUGGGUGAGCUGGAUCUGAAAGCAUUUGCCAAUGCUUGCAGCAAAAAUGUAGCACAAGAGGAUGCACAAGUUAACUCUGCUAUUCUUUGUUCAAGAUGGCAAGCUGAAAUCGCAAACCCAGGCUGGCAUCCUUUUAGGAUAGUUACGGUUGAUGGUAAAGAGAUGGAAAUUCUCUCAGAGGACGAUGACAAGCUUCGCAGCUUAAAAGAGGAGCAUGGAGACGAAAUCUACAGCUUGGUGACAAAGGCGCUGCUUGAGAUGAACGAGUACAACCCCAGCGGCCGCUACCCUGCACCAGAGCUGUGGAACGGCAAGGAUGAUCGGAAAGCGACACUGGAGGAAGCCAUCCAGUUCCUCCUCAAACAGCUGCAGUCACACAAGAGGAAGCGCCGCUGAGCAUCUCCAAUACUGAUGUCCGUCCGUAAAAUUGGAGUAGUACUUAACUAACUCUAAUGGGGUGUCCUGCGCUCCUACUUUUGCGUCCGUAACUCUCAUGUGCGUACUCUAAUGUCGUCGUAGUGCUGGUGGAUUAGUUGGAGGUUUGUAGUGGUUCUUAAUUAAUGAUCAUGCGACUAGAUUAGCCAUGAUCGCCUAUUGAUCGCUAGCUAUACAGUUUAGCUAAGCGAUGCUCCUGUUGGAUGUGCGUGUGUGGCCUUUGGCACGAUGGAUGCUAGCACCAAUCUCAGAAUGUAGUUUG